AUGGAAUCGAUCACGAUGAGAUUCUACGCUAACCUCUUCCGCUCAUCGACACCCGUGUCAAACCCCGUUAUUCCCACUGGAAAAAUACCACGGAUUCUACCUGCUGAAGUACGCGCCGCAAUCAAGACCAUGAAGGCAGCCACGGUUCCGGGACCGGACCACAUUUCGGCCGACCUCUUACGAGCUGAAGGAAUCGCCUACACGAGAUACUUGCGGAAAAUGAAACGUCUUACCUUCAAAAGGAAAGAAUCUCCGACCAGUGGAGAACCUCCCGAACAGUCCUCUUUCACAGAAGGGCGAUAG